AUGUCUCUCCUUCACAAUGAAGAUUUUACGAUAUGGCAACUGCGCACCUCUUAUCUGUCCACGAUAAAAGACGGAAUAGGCGACAGACUCAUCAACGUGAACAACUCGGUGCUCAAUACUCCUGGAUUUCGCGCGGCGGGCUGGUCAUCAGCUUCCACAAACCCCAGCGCACAAAGCGUAGCAGCCCAUAUUCGUCGGACAUAUUCCCCACCGAUUCCCACCACCGCUGCGGUUACCUCGGAGUAUUAUCAACUGGGUGUUUCCAGGGAUGCGAACGAAGCCCAGAGACUUGGUUUGGGGGAGGAUGGUGAGGAAGAUGAAGGGGGCAUGGUGACGGGCAAAAGCUCUACGGAGGUGAUAGGACGCCGACCUCAUGGACGCGCUGGGAAAAGAACUCAUCGAAAGGAGCGGCAGCAAAACGAUUCUUAUAAACAAAGAGAUGCGGAAGAGGAUGACAGCAGUGAUCUGAGUGAUGAGAGCGACGAUGAUGUGGAUAGUCAAAGGUUGGUCGAUGCUAGUGAUUUGAAGGCUUUCUAUUCUCAGACUGCAUUCCAGUGCUAA